AUGGACAUUCCCCCCGACGCUCCUUUGGAGCCACCGCCGCCCCGUUCCGCUCAGCUUAUCGAGAAUCCCUCCGUCGGCACGGUUGGCGUUAAAGUUCACUUGCCCCCUUUUUGGACAAAGAACCCUCGGGCAUGGUUCCUGCAAAUCGAAGCCCGAUUUGCUCUUCGUCGCAUCACCUCGCCGCUUACAAAGUACUUAAACGUCGUGUCUGCUCUCCCUCCGGAUAUCGCUGAUCAACUGGAUUAUCUCCUGGCCGCCCCUCCGCCCGAUAAUCCUUACGAGCAACUCAAAGAAGCCAUUCUAACCCGCACCGAGUGCUCAGAACAGUCGCGCAUUCGCGAACUGCUCUCCGGUGAGGAAUUGGGUGACCGCAGACCGUCGCAGCUCCUCCAUCGCAUGCGGUAG